AGGAGCUCGAGUUGGUAGGCUGGCCAGUGAUAUUAAGCUACACAUCAAACUUCAACCAUAAAAUCGGCCAUACGGCGAUGGGGUUUCGACGUCAUUUCACCAGUUACUAAUUGCCCCAUUACGCAAUGUUGAUACACUUUCGCUAUAUUAUUGGAUACCAAUACUUCCGGAUAUAAUUAGUAUACUACGUGCAAUGCAUCCCAUAAAAGACGAGAUGGCGAUCGUGGGCUCAAGAAUACCGUACUCUUCGUUCACCAUUUGGCUCUUUCUCAGCAUCGAAUUCGUAAUUACCAUGUUGUUAUCUAUCUUUCUGAGAAUCCUUAAGAUAUUCAAAUCACUGCUGCCGGAACCACCGAGAGAUUUGUCUGGAGACGUGGUUUUGGUGGCCGGUGCUACUUCCUCUUUAGGCAGAUCUCUCGCGGCUGAAUUCGUGAAAAGCGGGUGCUCCGUUAUUUGCGUGGAUAACGAUCACAAGUUAAUCGAGGAAACAGCAUCGAGAUUGAAACGACAGCAUCUCACCACCGACGAAACCAAGCCGAGGCACAGAGAGAACGAUUCUUCACGAUGCAGCUCGACUAUAUCUGCUUACGAGUGCGAUUUCUCAAAUAGAGAUGCCAUUAAGAGAACAGCUCAAAAAGUGAAAGACGAUAUCGGAAAGAUCAACACUUUAGUGACCUGCAUUGACAAUUCGAACGGGGACGUCUUCGACACGACCAGCAAGACUUUAAUGACUCAUUUUUGGACAGUCCUCGCGUUUCUUCCAAUGAUAUUGGAUCAAAAACGAGCCUAUAUAAUUGGAGUGACCCCAAUCGCAUCGAAUAACGACUCUUAUCAUGGUUCCAAGGCAGCUGUGAUGAGUUUCAUGGAAUGCAUGUGUCAAGAAUUGAACCACCAUAGUAACGAUUUAACAUUUUUGGCAUUCUCUCCAAUUAGAGAAUGCAGUACGUUGAAAGAGAAUGAAGAACGAGUGGCCAAGAACAUCGUGAAAGCAGUACGGACCAAUCAGUAUAAUAUGAGCGUCAGCUGGAUAUCCAAAUCGCUGUAUCACAUAAGUUGUAUGAUCUACAACGGAAUAACCUUGCUCACAGAGUGGACCCAUUUUCAUGGAUGCGAUUAUCACGCGUAAAUAUGAGACCUCUCUCGUUUCACGCUCGACAGAAUCAUUAAAAGAAGGAUGUCUAGAAAUCGCAAUACCACGAUCUACGAUGUUCCAAGGACAGCCUCGGAAGUUCUUUUAAUAAUUAAAAGAAAAGCAAAGCGCAUCCGUACAAAAUGAUAUUUUAUUUUAGUCGCUCACGUAUCGUCCGACAAUUGAAAAGUCUACACAAUAGAAGGAAGAGAACAUCCAAAUAGCGACGCAAAGUUUAAAGAAUAAUCAACGAUAAUUACAAAGUUUCCAUAUACGAGAGAUAUAGUACAAAUUAUAUACGCAUUAGAAAAGAAAAAAAUAACGUGUUUAUUAUUUUUAAGUAUACGGUUGUUUUUGCUUGAAAAUUCGUUCGUCAAUCAGGAACUAGCACGUCGUAAUGACCGCUGUCCGAAUUACCGGUGAAUAACAGUCUAGCUGUAGGGUACUGCGAGCUCACAUGAUUGUGAAAUACUCGUUUAAGUUCGGGUCUGUCUUUGAUCUCUCGAUAGAUCGACAGAUUCAUGUUAUACAUCUUGGUGGCGACCGUGCAUUCGAGUUCACUGGCGAACGUGCCCACCAUGUCCAUGUAAUUUUCGUAAGUUUGCCGAUCCGAUAUGUUCCACUCGGCCAUCACGAAAGGCCCGUACUCGUGCCAAUUUUCCUUGAUGUGUUGCACAACCUGUCGAACAAGAUUUCUAUCGUUCGUAGAAAUAAAAGGCGCGAAGGGCAUGCGAUGAAAAGACUUAAUUCUUCUUUGAAAUCGAACGAAAAAUUCUUUCGCUUAAUUACAAUUCUUCUUUUAAGAUGAAAAGGAAGCAUUAAAGCGAUUUAGAGAUUCAUAAGAUUCUAUGGGAUAGUUUCUAAAUUAGAAAUUUUGUUAAGAUAAGAAGGUAUAUAGUAACUGAUAGAUAUAAGAUAUAGAUUGCUUGAAAUAAAUGGAGGAUCUUUUGUUCGUCCAAAGAGUUUCCAUCGUUUUAUCAAAUACGGAUCAAAUUUGAUUUUCCUUCGAUGCGUUAAAUAUUAAACUUUGGUUCUUCUGUAGAACAUUUUUAUACAUUUUCUAAUAUUCUUUCUAUACAGUCUUUGAUUAUUUCAAGCAAUUUAUUUUGCCGUACUAUAGAUCUUUUUCGUAGUUUGCCCGAAAGAAUCGCAUAAACGGAAACGAAGCGCACCAUUGAUCGCAGAUACCGAUGCUCGUCCUCGUUUUGCCAUAAAAUGUAGCUAAUCGCCCGAAACAUGCAAUUACCAUCGCCGUAAAUGUUUUGCACGCGAAACGUGCCUUCAGCGCACCUUAAACGAGCCGUAUCUGUAACAUAAAGAUCGUCAUUUAUAUUUUAUUACCACUAAGUGCAACAUUAAAUCUCGCACGCAC